AAUCACAUUAAUAAUGUAUAUAUUGUGGUUUAAUAAAAAACUUAUUAUAUAUUUAAAUGGACCAACCUAUUUCUCUAAGGAUUCUAAGAAUCAUUCUAGUAAUGACACGUUGCUACAAAAAAAUGUUGCAAUGCUUCUCAAAUAAUAUAUAGGGGAUAGGAUAAGUGAUAUUUAAUACACUAACAUGCAUGGGUCCGGACUUAUAAGAGCACUAACAUGGGAAACAACUAGGGUAUUUUGCGUAGUAAAUGUAUUUAUUUUUCCUUCUUGUCAAUUAUCAAUGUUUAUUUAUGGCUUAAACUUAAUUACUUAACUAAGCUAGUUGAUCAUAACACUUCAAUGAUAUGAGAAAAGUCGACGACCACAAGAUAUACGUUGCAGUUUUUUUUUUUGUACAAUUGAAUUUAAUUAAAAAUUUAAGUGAACUAAAACGAUGGUUGCAUCAAAUUUCAGCAAAAAUAAUCAAAGUUACAAGUUCGAGUUUCGAUCAAUGAGAGGGAACUAAAAACAUGCUUUGGAUUUUGGCUAGAAAAGAUUCUGGACUCUGAACCAAAAGUCCCUCUAAGUUUUCUCUAAAUAAUAAAUGUGCAUUUCCACACAAAAAUUAGGGUCUACUUAACUAGGUCUAAUUAAUUAAACUAAAAUUGUUCUGUAUAAUCUUUUAGAUCAUCAAAUGUUUAGUUUAUUCAUCAUUUGGAAUCAGAUUCUGACUAAACUACAUUAUCCUAAAAUAGUUUAAGAUGUGUUUUUUUCUUCAAUUUAUGCAUUUAAACCAAACUAAAAAAAAGAUUUUGAAUAAUAUUACCCCAUUUCAUAUUUUCAGCUUUGAUAUAUAUAACCAGUUGAUUGGUAUACACCAGAUCUUCAAAUAAAAAGUAAAAUCUACAAAAAUAAAUAAUCAAAGGGGGUGGUCUUAACGGUACAGGUCAGAAGUCCCACGUGCACUUGGGGGGAUCUCGACGACGCCUUUCUCUUUCUCUUACAAACUCUCUCAUCUCAUCUCACUCACAAACAAGUAAACUCUCUCUCUUUCUCAAAAGAAGCUAAAAGCUCAGUUUCUCCUUCAUUACACACAUAAACAGAGAAACAAGAGAGGACUCAACGAGUUUGGUUUUCUUCAUCAUCGUUGUUUAAUCUUCUUGUAAUGGUGGAACACAAAGAUCAAGACAUGGGAGAAGGGAUGCAAUGCAUAACACAUCCUUACACAAAAAACCCUGGUGGUAUCUGCCCCUUAUGUCUCCAAGAAAAGCUCGGUAAGCUUGUCACUUCCUCUUUCCCUCUCCCUAAACCAAACCACCUCUCUUCUCCCAAAUCUUCCUCCUCUCCUUCUUCCAACACCUCUCUUGCUCUAUCCCUCUCAUCUGGAAGCAACGGAAGAGACAAUAACAACAACAACAACCUCCCGUUUGUAAUUGCCAAGAAGAAGAGUAUGCUCGCAGCUUCUUCAUCCUCUUCAGCUAAUCUUAUCUACAAGAGAAGCAAGUCAACGGCUGCUUCAUACGGUGAGGGUUUCAACCAGAGGAAGCGAAGUGGGUUCUGGUCCUUUCUUCAUCUCUACUCUUCCAAACACCAAACCACCAAAAAAGUUAGCCAUUCUUCUAAGCCAAGAAACCAGAUAACAGCAGAGACACCCAAGAGGGUUGUUGGUGGAGGAGGUAUUGAUAUGAUAGUGGAGGAAGAAGAUGAGAGUACUAACAACAAAGUUGUUGUAGAAACGCCAACAAACAGUGUUGGCAGUGGUAGUGGUGGUGGUGGAUCUUCUUUUGGGAGGAAAGUGUUGAGGUCUAGAUCUGUAGGAUGUGGAAGCAGAAGCUUCUCUGGAGACUUCUUUGAGAGGAUCUCUAAUGGGUUUGGAGAUUGCGCACUGAGAAGGAUUGAGUCACAGAGAGAAUCCACAAAGGUUAUUAGUAAUGGUGGUGGUGGUGGUGAAGCAGCUGAUGAUGCCAUGAGUGAAAUGGUUAAAUGUGGUGGUAUCUUUGGUGGGUUUAUGAUUAUGACAUCAUCAGCAUCAUCAACCGUUGUUCAUCAUAAGAUGGCGAAUAGAAGCUGGGGAUGGGCUUUUGCUAGUCCAAUGAGAGCCAAGACUAAUAGUCAUAGAGAUCGUACUAUUACAGAGUCUUCAACUACUGACAAGAACACAUCUCCAAACUUGGACUCAGUUCCUUCCUUGGUUGCUAUGAAAAGCUAAAAGAGAUAAAUUAUAAAGUACUUUUAAUCUCUAUAUAAUAUCAUAUUUCAUUCAUGUGUUUAGUUAGUUAUUUGGACAUUGGUUCGAUCUUUUGAGUACAACUAGUAAUGUAAUGUCACACUAUUUUCUAUUUCAUGCUAUGUUCAUCUUCAUACUCACAAAAGCUUGAAACCUUUAGGAGGAUACAAUUUCUGUUU